GACUGACAUCAGGGCUCAGUACAAAAAGUGGUCCAGUCUUACCAGCUUGUGCACAGGUAAACAGGUUUGGGGAAAGGGGACUGUGGCAGGAGGAAUACUACCUCUGUGGCAGAGAGAGGUAGAAGCAACGUGCAGACUACCAAUUCCCCGGAAACAGUCUUCAUGUCGUCCCUCAAGUACAUUCAGUACCACGGCCUUCUCCUGCCCCCUGUGGUCCACAGUGCAGAGAGCCUGGAGUAUGCCCAAAAUUUCUCUGUGGAAGACACCGAUGUUUUUGCUGUGACUUAUCCCAAGUCAGGUACUAUCUGGAUGCAGGAGAUCCUUCCGUUGCUGCUUAAUGGAGGAGAUCUGACUCCAAUCCAGACUGUUGUAAACUGGGACCGGGUCCCAUGGCUGGAAGAGAAAAGAUUGGCUAAGGUUGCAGAUAAGCUGACAUCUCCACGUGCUCUGGUCACACAUUUUCCCCACAGCCUCAUGCCCCCUUCAUUCCACACCUCCAAAGCCAAGGCGAUCUAUGUGAUGAGGAACCCAAAGGACAUCUUGGUGUCUUCAUACUACUUCCAUCAGAUGGCGACUUUUCUCGAGGAUCCAGGGACUUUUGAUGAGUUCUUGGAGAAGUUCCUGGAAGGCAGAGUGCUGUUUGGGAAGUGGACAGACCAUGUGAAGAGCUGGAGGCGUGCAGAGCUGGGAGACAGAAUUAUGUUCAUCACUUAUGAAGAAAUGGUUCAGGACCUGCCUGCAGCUUUAAGGCGUAUGUCAGACUUCUUGUGCCGUAAUCUGAGUGACGAAGUCGUUCUGAAGAUAGCAGAGCAUUGUUCUUUUAAGACUAUGAAAGCCAACAAAAUGUCCAACUUCAGCCAGAUUUCCAAAGAGUAUAUGGACAGUGACAAGUCUACUUUCUUGAGGAAAGGGAUUAGUGGAGACUGGAAAAACCACUUCAGUCCAGAGCAACUGGCCCGAUUCACAUCGGUCAUUUUCAAAGAGCUGGAGGGUGAGAACUUCUCUCUGCCCUGGAGCCUGGAUAUAGGUUUGGGGAAAGAGGACUGUGGCAGGAGGAAUACUACCUCUGUGGCAGAGAGAGGUAGAAGCAACGUGCAGACCAAUUCCCUGGAAACAGUCUUCAUGUCGUCCCUCAAGAACAUUCAGUACCACGGCCUUCUCCUGCCCACUGUGGCCCACAGUGCAGAGAGCCUGGAGUAUGCCCAAAAUUUCUCUGUGGAAGACACCGAUGUUUUUGCUGUGACUUAUCCCAAGUCAGGUACUAUCUGGAUGCAGGAGAUCCUUCCGUUGCUGCUUAAUGGAGGAGAUCUGACUCCAAUCCAGACUGUUGUAAACUGGGACCGGGUCCCAUGGCUGGAAGAGACAAGAUUGGCUAAGGUUGCAGAUAAGCUGACAUCUCCACGUGCUCUGGUCACACAUUUUCCCUACAGCCUCAUGCCCCCUUCAUUCCACACCUCCAAAGCCAAGGUGAUCUGUGUGAUGAGGAACCCAAAGGACAUCUUGGUGUCUUCAUACUACUUCCAUCAGAUGGUGACCUUUUUUGAGGAUCCAGGGACUUUUGAUGAGUUCUUGGAGAAGUUCCUGGAAGGCAGAGUGAUGUUUGGGAAGUGGACAGACCAUGUGAAGAGCUGGAGGCGUGCAGAGCUGGGAGACAGAAUUAUGUUCAUCACUUAUGAAGAAAUGGUUCAGGACCUGCCUGCAGCUUUAAGGCGUAUGUCAGACUUCUUGUGCCGUAAUCUGAGUGACGAAGUCGUUCUGAAGAUAGCAGAGCAUUGUUCUUUUAAGACUAUGAAAGCCAACAGAAUGUCCAACUUCAGCCUGGUUCCCAAAGAGUAUAUGGACAAUGACAAGUCUCCUUUCUUGAGGAAAGGGAUUAGUGGAGACUGGAAAAACCACUUCAGUCCAGAGCAACUGGCCCGAUUCACAUCGGUCAUUUUCAAAGAGCUGGAGGGUGAGAACUUCUCUCUGCCCUGGAGCCUGGAUUGACCAGCAAAGAACAAAAAGGGCUGUAUGGAGAUAAAAUCCAGGCCUUUACAUAACAGUCAUUUACAACUGGAGUUAAAUUCUCAAAACAAACACAAGUCUCCAGAAUCCUGCUGAAGACAUAAUAAAAUACAUUAACAUAUAUAACAUAUAUAUAUA